GUGUGAAGUUCGCCGGUGAUGGACAAUGGGGGUGAGAUGGUUGUGACGAUCGAAUUCUCACGUUUCUCGGUAGAAGUGAGAUAGAUAGGAAUAGAAAGAGAGAGAGAGAGAGAGAGAGAAAGAGAGAGAGAAAAGAGAGAGAGACUGUACAAGAGAAGUAGACUGUACGCCGGCGGUCUUCUGUAAUCGGCGUGACGUUAAUUUUGACGUGCGCGAGUGAGUGCGUGAAUUCUUAGAUUUUGUCGCGUCGUCGUCAUUGUUGUGAUCGUGAUCGUCGUGAUCGUGAUUAUCGUCAUUGUCGUUAUCGAAUCGUGCGUCUUCCGUAAGUCGCCGUUCCGUUUGAUUCGAGCACCGCCACCUUCUUCAACCACCUCCAAUCUGAAUCAAUCAGAACGUUCUUUCGAUCCGAAACAGGCGGCGGCUCAUUCGCGAUUAUCUUUCUUUCUUUCGUUCAUUCGUACGUACGUACGUACGUACGUACAUAGAUUCAUUCGUUCGUGAUUUCAUCCGAUCUUCAAUCUGUCUUUUCAUGUUCCUUGUUUCUUCGAAAUCAUCAAGGAGGAACAAUCACGUACACGCGUACGUAAGUAAGUGUCGUCAACGCAACGGAACGACGCUCUCGCGUGCCUUCAAGAAAUAAAUACCAACAUAGAUGUAUCCUAACGUGUAUAUGUACAUCUUCUUCGUAUUCCUCGAUUUUUCUUCUCCUGUUCAACGUUGAUCCUGUAAAGAAAAAAGAAAAAGAAAAAGAAAAAAAAGAAACAAAAAAAAAAAAAGAACGUGGGUGCCAAGGACAUUCGUCUCUUUCGGAAAAUAAAGGAGAAGCGGAAGAAGACUGUAAUAGAAUCAUGUAAAAUUAUUUGGAAAUUUUAUUUGGAUUCUACCGACUGAUUGAUUGAUUGGUUGAUUGAUUGGUAAAUAUAAUAAUCUUCGGAUAAGAAAAUAAGGUCGAAAGAACGUUCGUUUUUUCGAAAGCGAGAAAUAAGGAAAAUUAGGUGAUGCACUCGGGAUUAAGAGGGCCAGGAUUUGAGGGAAAAUGUUUCGCUCCAAGAUUCGCAUUCACACGUGUCAAGUGAUUCUUCUAACGUCUUUGGUAUGGUUUCUGGUAGACGUGAUGGUACUUAUGUUCUAUUCGGAUUGUAUCGGAGGAUCCGGAUGGGGUUGUUCCGAUACGAGCAAGCAAACACCAACGGAAGAAAAUCAGCCACAUCCUCAAGCAAUGAAAAGAGAAAUUGUCGAUCUACAAUUAUAUAAUAAAAGAAAGUAUAAGCAAUCGGAAUUACAUUUAUGGAGACCGUCGAAAGUCGUUAGAGAAAAUAAGGGUAGUCCAGGUGAAAUGGGAGCAGCUGUACAUAUCGCUCCUGAACUCGAAACUAAACAACAAGAGUUAUUUAAAUUGAAUCAAUUUAAUCUAAUGGCUAGUGACAUGAUUUCUUUACAUCGUUCUUUAAAAGACAUUAGACUCGACGGUUGUAAAACGAAAAAGUACAACAAGUAUCUUCCGGACACUAGUAUCGUUAUCGUCUUUCAUAACGAGGCUUGGAGCACUUUGUUACGUACCGUUUGGUCCGUUAUCAAUAGAUCACCUAGAUCGUUGUUAAAAGAGAUUAUUCUCGUUGAUGACGCUAGUGAACGAGAUCAUUUAAAAAAGGAUUUAGAAGAAUAUGUUAAAACUUUACCCGUACCAACGUACGUCUAUCGCACAGAGACAAGAUCUGGUCUUAUAAGAGCUAGACUAUUAGGAGCGAAACACGUAAAAGGACAAGUUAUAACAUUUUUGGAUGCACAUUGUGAAUGUACGGAAGGAUGGUUGGAACCAUUGCUUUCAAGGAUAGCAGACGAUAGGACAAUCGUUGUAUGUCCGAUCAUCGAUGUAAUUAGCGAUGAUACGUUUGAAUAUAUACCUGCUAGUGAUAUGACUUGGGGUGGUUUCAAUUGGAAAUUAAACUUUCGAUGGUACAGAGUCGCACAAAGAGAAAUGGAUAGAAGAAAUGGGGAUAGAACAGCUCCUCUACGUACGCCAACAAUGGCAGGGGGUUUGUUUUCUAUAGAUAAAGACUAUUUCUAUGAACUUGGUGCGUAUGACGAAGGAAUGGACAUAUGGGGUGGUGAAAAUCUUGAAAUGAGUUUCCGAAUAUGGAUGUGUGGUGGGACAUUGGAAAUUGCAACAUGCUCACACGUUGGACAUGUAUUCCGUAAGUCAACUCCGUAUACCUUCCCUGGUGGUACCAGCAAGAUAGUGAACCACAACAAUGCGCGCCUCGCAGAGGUCUGGUUGGACCAAUGGAAGUACUUCUAUUACAACAUUAAUCCAGGUGCAAGAAAUGUAGUCGUUGGAAAUGUAUCAGAACGAAUAAAACUAAGAGAACGUCUUAAAUGCAAGAGCUUCAGGUGGUAUCUAGAAAAUAUUUAUCCUGAAUCACCAAUGCCGCUAGAUUAUUAUUAUCUUGGUGAUGUUAAAAAUGUUGAUACGCAUACCUGUUUGGAUACCAUGGGUAGAAGAACAGGAGAAGUUGUUGGCAUUAGCUAUUGUCAUGGACUAGGUGGUAAUCAGGUGUUUGCUUAUACGAAACGACAACAGAUAAUGUCGGAUGAUAUGUGCCUUGAUGCAGCCAGCCCACAAGGUCCAGUUAAAAUUGUUCGUUGCCAUGGGAUGGGUGGUAAUCAAGCAUGGGUCUACAAUGAAGAGACAAAGAUGAUUAGGCACACAAAUACAGGCCAUUGUCUGUCAAAACCACGUUCAGGAGAUGCCUCGCAGCCUGUUCUUGCACAAUGCGAUCCACAUAAUGCUGGACAAAAAUGGAUUAUGCAAAGUAAAUUCAAAUGGCAAGCUAGCUAAUAUACAUUGAGCUUAAGUGCAGACCUCUAUACAAUAUUUGUUAAUAUAUUUAAUAGAUUAUAAUCAAGGAACUGACCAUAAGAUAAUAUCGCGGCAGAAUGAUAAGUAUUAUGACUGAUAGAAACAUAAUCGCUGUAUUAUGUUUUGUCGAUUCAUUGAAUUAAUAUAUCAAUGAAAUAGACAUUGGGAAAGAAAGUAGCUUCAUGUGAAUUUCAUAAUAAGAACAAACGGCUCGCGAGUUGAAUAAUUCAUUUAUUUCUUAAGAUAAAUAUUAAUUAGACUUUACUAAGACCAUGGUGUUUAGUUACUGCCAUUUCUUAUGGUAUGCCUUGAUUAAUGUAUGAGAAUAAAAGAAGUAAAUUUCUGACUGUGUGAGAACGUGCAAGAGUGAUACUAAAAAAGGAAAAAGAAAAAAAAAAAAGAAUAAGAGAAUGAACUCUUUAGUAAGCAGUAACAGAGAAAGCAUAUCAGAGACCACUGUUAUAAAUAAAUACUUGUUAACGUAAAAAGAAAGAGAGACGUAUUUGAUAAUUUGGGGUGUGUGCAAUGGCGGACGUUUGAAAGAUAUUAAUCUAUAUGUGUGAAGAAAAAAAAAAUAUAUAAGGAUAUGCUAAAUUUGUAAGUGUCACAACUAUGAUUGUGUGAGUGUUGUUAGUAUGAAAGUGAAAUUCAUGGUGACACUACUGGUUAUACUAAUUAUAGAGAACUUGUAUCGUACAAUCCAUUAUUUGUUAGGGAAGAGCACUGAAUCUUUUUAUACCGAUACUUCUGACAGUUCCUUGCAUUUCAUUCGUAAUUAAGUUGUUAUGCUUUUGUUUCAAUAAAAGCAAAGAUUUCUAUUAAUCUUAUUCACUAAAGCAUAAUGAGAUUACAUUUACGAGAUUUUAGUUAAAUAUGAAAGAUUACCGGCUGUUGUUUGUUACAAUCUUGUUAUAUAUCUUACAUAUUCAUUUAAAUUUAUGAUAUAUGUCUUCCGCAUUUUAUUAAUAAAGACUUCAUAUUUUUAUUGUAAUAGAAUAAAUAACUAUUCUUCAUAGAUAUUACAUUUUGCUUAAGCAUAGUUUAUUAUUGCUAAUAUCGCAGUUGAACAAAAAAAUGUUACACCAUUGGAUAGGAGUAAAUAGAUGUCUUUCAGAUUCUGGCGCCCUUCCCUUUGAUAUAAAUUUUUCAAAAGAAAUUGCAAUAUUCGUUAUAGUUGAGACAAUUACUUUUUUCGUGCCCAUGUAAAAUAAUCUCUGUACUUCCUAUAUCUACAGUUAGUAACACGUGAGUAAUACAAUUUUUCUUACAUUCUCAACACACCCAUUUACGAUAUUUAGAACAAGUUGUGUACCAUAGUAAAACUUUAAUACAUAAUGCAACAUUAGUAUUAAAGAGUAAUACAUUAUUAACAUUUAUAUAUUUAAUCUGAAAAAAAAAAUAUUAUGGUGAUGGUACAACAAUAAUUUAUCAUUUAUAGCCUAUAUAUGUACAUGUAAUUAGACUUUUAAAACAGCAAUGUUUAUUUUUGUACAGGAUUUAGAUUGAUUUUAUAUAUUUGAAAGAGAGAGUCUAACUAAAAUUUACAGUUAAACUAUUCAGAUUCAGUAAAAUAUGUUUAUUGAUGUAAAAAGAAAACAAAAAGAAACAAAAAAGAAAACGAAGUGAUAGUAUUUCCAUGUCAUGUCAUUCCAUAUAUUGCAAUCCUAAGUUUAUUUUCUCUAAUACACUUCUUAAUGUUUGCACAGAAAAUGAAGUACAAAUACCUUUGUCUUAAAUAACAUAAUUGCUUCAUUACGCAUUCACCACUACAUUGAUCAAAUAGAAAUCUUUGAUCGUCUUGUUUUCUGUAUUUUUUAAUGUUUUUGACAUAUAUAUAAACAUAUAUAUAUGUAUAUAUACAUAUAUAUAAAAAAAAAAUAUAUAUAUAUAUAUGUGUACAUAUAUAUAUUUACAAAUGUUAAGCUUAAUUAUAGUAAUGUCCAUUACAUAGAAGAACCCAGUGAAACAAACUUCCAAUGUUUUAAUAUCUUAAAGAGUGUUAUUUAUUUACUCUUAUUCCAUCUUGACGAAUUUUUGUUUAUAAUAUGCUGAAAGUCAGAAGAUGCAAAUUUAAAGACAAUAAAGCAAUCUACACAUGUUCCAUUAAGUUAUAUAUAAUACAUAUAUAUAUAUAUAUAUAUAUAUAUAUAUAUAUAUAUAUAUAUCGAUAUUAUUCUAUACUUGUGAACUGUAAAUUAUACUUAAUUUACAACAAGCCAUUUUGAAGUAAUCUAGUGUACUUAUAUUGUAUGUAACGAGUUGCAUGAAAAAAAAAAAGCAUUUACCGAUGUUACAUGGCCUCAUAUACUUUAUAAAAGUAUAAAUCAUUGGGCAAUAGUAAAAAAGAUUCUUAAUAAGUGGAUCAAUAUUCAUUUCUAGAUGUUUAAAAGUUGCUAAUUUUCUAAUCAACAUAAAUCUAUGAAAUCUUUUCAAAAUAUAUAUAUAUAUAUAUAUACACAUAUAUAUAUAUAUAUAUGUGUAUAUACAUAUAUAUAUAUACACACAAUUAGUUACAUUUGUAAGAAACAUACACCUUCAAUUUAAUUUUGAUAAAAAUCACAAAAUUAUAAAUAAUUCUAUAUAAUAAUGCCUUAAAAAAAGGUAUACGUAUCCUCAUGUGCUACUUACCUGUGAAAUGAAACGUGUAUAGAAUAUGACUAAUUUGCCAGCUUUUAACAAAUAAAUUAUUUGUUAUAUGCAUCUGCACUGUACAGAUUUUUUACAUUCUAACUACAAUGUAUAUUCUUUUAUAUAAAUCAAUUAAUACUUAUAUUGUUAAAAUAUAGUUCAUUGUAUAAUUUAUACUCUGAAUGUACAUACAUAAAAAUUAUUAGGUGUGUCGAUACCCUGAAUUUUUGAGUCCAAUGUGCCUCAAAGAUAGAAUAUUACGAGUAUUUAGUGGUGUAUACAUAGAGUCGUACUUCUUCAGAACUAUUUAUCUCAAAUUUGAAGUAAAGUCACAUUUACUGAGGGCAAUGAAAUAUAACUGGAUUAUAAUGAUGCUUUGAAUAAACUAGACUUUACUUUUAUUAUCGAAUGGCUCUGGACAUUUUGUAACUUAUUGUAUACUUUGAACAGUUACUGUUAUUUGUUAUCUUUUUUAAUGUUAAGACAAAGAUACAACCUGUAACUUCAAUGUAUAGGGUGGUAAUUCAUAAGUCAAUUAUACUCGUAAAGUUAAAUCUAUGACAAUAUAAAUUUAUGAGUCAGGAGAUGAAAUAAAAAAUAGAUGUACAAAAUGUA